AUGCGCGAUUCUCGGGGCGCGCACGAGCAGCCGGCGCAGGAGCUAGGCAGCAGCCUGGAGGAGCUGCGCGAGGCUGCCUGGCGCGCCGCGGACGACAAGCACGCGGGGCUGCAGGAGGACCUGGACAGGCUGCGGGGCGAGGUGCGCGACUCCCGGGGCGCGCACGAGCAGCUGGCCGAGGACCUGGGCGGCCGCUUGGAGGAGCUGCGCGAGGGCACCCACGACGCGCACGCGGGGCUGGAGAAGGGCCUGGACACGCUGCGGGGCGAGGUGCGCGACUCCCAGGGCGCGCACGAACAGCUGGCCCAGGAGCUAGGUAGCAGCCUGGAGGAGCUGCGCGAGGCUGCCUGGCGCGCCGCGGACGACAAGCACGCGGGGUUGCAGGAGGGCCUGGACAGGCUGCGGGGCGAGGUGCGCGACUCCCGGGGCGCGCACGAGCAGCUGGCUAAGGACUUGGGCGGCCGCCUGGAGGAGCUGCGCGAGGCUGCACAGCGCGCCGCGGACGACGCACACGUCGGGCUUCAGGAGGGCGUGGAGAGGCUGCGGGGCGAGUUGCGUGAUUGUCGGGGCGCGCACGAGCAGCUGGCGCACGACCUGGGCAUCAGCCUGCAGGAGCUGCGCGAGGGUGCCGCGGACGACGCGCAUGGUGGAUUGCAGGAUGGCCUGGACAGGUUGCGAGGCGAGGUGCGCGAUUGUCGUGACGCGCAGGAACACUUUGCCAAGGACCUGAGCAGCAGUCUGCAAGAUCUGCGGGGUGCUCAUGAUUCGCACUUCGAGCUGCAGAGAGGCCUGGACAGGCUGCGGGGCGAGGUGCGCGAUUCUCAGGGCGCGCGCGAGCAGCUGGCGCAGGACCUGCGUGACAGCCUGCAGGAGCUGCGCGAGGGUGCCCAGCGCGCCGCGGACGACGCGCACGCCGGGCUGCAGGAUGUCAUGGACAGGCUGCGGAGCGAGAUGCGCGACUUCCGGGGCGCGCACCAGCAGCUGGCCGAGGACCUGGGCGGCCGCCUGCAGGGUGCCCGAAGCGCCGCGGACGUCGCGCACGCGGGGCUGCAGGAGGGCCUCGACAGGCUGCGAGGCGAGAUGCGCGACGCUAGGGUCGCGCACGACCAGCUGGCCCAGGAUACGCGGUGCAUCGCGGACGACGCGCACGCCGGGCUGCGGGAGGGCCUGGAGCGGCUGCGGGGCGAGGUGCGCGAUUGCCAGGGUGCGCAGGAACACCUCGCCGACGACCUGCGCGGCAGCCUGCAGGAGCUGGCGGCGGGCGCUGGGGGCGCCAGCGAGCAAGAGCUGGGGGAGCUGCGGCGUCACUGCGAGGAGGGGCAGCGCGGCGUGACGCAUAUGGAGCAGCGGCUGCAGGGCUUCUGCGAGGAGAUGAUCGGCCUGGUCUCGGAGUCGCAGAGCCACCCGUGCGCCGGGUGCGCCGAGGUGCAGCAGGGGGUCGAG